AUACGUGGGUCUUCCUCUUCAAUCUUGAACCCGCUCGCGAGUUUCACAAGGCUACCAUGGCGUCGUCAGGCAAAGCUCAAGCGGAGAUGAUGGUGAAGCUGUUGGGUAGCGUGUCGACCGGGCGGGUGGCCUAUGUCGAAGCAGAGAAGGACUUCGUCGAUGUACUGCUUACUUUACUCGCGCUGCCGGUGGCAUUCGUGGCGCCGAAGACUGAUUUGAUGGAACCGCCAUUGCCUGCUUUAAGGAACCACAAGCUGCUGAUUGAUUACGUGGGAUCCCAAGAGCAAUCACAGAGAGAUCGCACCGGUGGCAUUGAUCAGGUGGCAUUCGUGGCGCCGAAGACUAAUUUGAUGGAACCGCCAUUGCCUGCUUUAAGGAACCACGAGCUGCUGAUUGAUUACGUGGGAUCGCAAGGGCAAUCACAGACAGACCGCAAUGGUACCGAUGCGGCUCGCGAGAUGCAUGCCCUUACAUCUCGACAUGAAGUUCCUUUGUCUAUCCGUCGCACUAGAGUUCUGGAAAAGGUUGUAGAUGUACCGAGAACGUCUACGACACUCCGUGCCUCUUUUCCCUCGCGUCGGCUCUCUCCAAGUACAUCUAUGAUCUCUCGGAGAACGUCUACGACACUCCGUGGGCUGUCUCGAAGUACAUCUAUGAUCUCUCCACAGCAGAGCUUUACGUGUCCAGAACACGCGGGUUCCUCAAAAGCGCUUGGUCUUGAGGUAGAAGUGGAACCGACGGUGACAGGCACAUCAGGGUUUGUAAAAGAGGGCUUCACGUUCAUGAUAACGGAUGAUCUUCAGAUUUUCAGAUUGUCGACGAUUCGCAGUAUCCAGUUGCUAAAUGAGAUGAAGAUAACGAAUAUGGGAGACUUGUCAGGUGUCCAAGUCAAUGUGGGAAAGGAGGAGGUGACAUACUUCACCCUUGCACUCGUCACGCCUUCCUCAUCAAUGUGAUGUGCCAUGAGAGAAGCGAGAGUAACUUUCUCAUUAUUAUGAUUUCUUGGUGUAUUUCAUGUUGCAGUAUGUGUGUUAAUUGCAUUCACCGCUGGGUUUUGUGGUUUUACAAUCAUCGCCGCUGAUGCCGCUCGCUGUUUCCAACCACUUUUUCGGUCACCUCUGGCGGGACGUGUUUGAUUAAAUGACUUUUUUCCAACUUUUACCAUUGAUGUCCGACGCUGCUAUAACUGUCCAUCUCUUGCGAUUGCUAUUCCAUU